CCCCGAAGUUUGCUGUUGUUGUGACUCGCGUGCCGCACGCCUACUUCCCUACCAUGGCGGUGCGACAGGCGCUGGGCCGGGGCCUGCAGCUGGGUCGAGCGCUGCUGCUUCGCUUCACGGCCAAGCCUGGCCCGACCUACGGCUGGGGACGGCCUGAGUGGCCGGGUCCCGCGGCGGCCCGGGGUCGCGGAGAGCGCCCGGGCCAGGCCGCGGGACCCGGCGCGGAGCCGCGCAGGCUCGGGCUCAGGCUGCCCGACCGCUACCGCUUCUUCCGCCAGUCGGUGGCGGGGCUGGCGGCGCGGCUCCAGCGGCAGUUCGUCGUGCGGGCCCGGGGCGGCGCGGGCCCUUGCGGCCGGGCCGUCUUUCUGGCCUUCGGGCUGGGGCUGGGCCUGGUUGAGGAGAAGCAGGCGGAGGGCCGGCGGGCGGCCUCGGCUUGUCAGGAGAUCCAGACCGUUUUUACCCAGAAAAGCAAGCUGCUCCCUGACCCACUGGACACGAGACGCUGGCAGGGCUUCCAGCUGGAGGAGUAUCUGAUAGGGCAGUUCAUUGGCAAGGGCUGCAGCGCUGCUGUGUAUGAAGCCACCACGCCUGUGUUGCCCCGGAACCUGGAGGUGGCAAAGAGCAUCCGGUUUCUUCCAGGGAGAGCCCCAGAUGUCAUCCCACCAGGAGAAGAGGAGGCGCGAGCUCCACAGCCCCCUGCUUUCCCCUUAGCCAUCAAGAUGAUGUGGAACAUCCGGGCCGGUUCCUCCAGCGAAGCCAUUUUUAGAACAAUGAGCAAGGAGCUAGUCCCAGCGAGUCGAGUGGCCUUGGCUGGGGAGUAUGGAGACAUCACUUACAGAAAAUCUAAGGGAGGUCCGAAGCAACUGGCUCCUCACCCUAACAUCAUCCGGGUCUUCCGCGCCUUCACAUCGUCGGUCCCACUGCUGCCAGGGGCCCUGGUCGACUACCCAGAUGUGCUGCCCCCACGUCUUUACCCUGAAGGCGUGGGCCACGGCCGGACACUUUUCCUCGUUAUGAAGAACUACCCCUGUACCCUGCGCCAGUACCUUCGAGAGAACACCCCAAGCCCCCGCCUCGCCACUGUGAUGAUGUUGCAGCUCUUGGAAGGAGUUGAUCAUCUGGUUCAACAGGGCGUUGCACACAGGGACCUAAAAUCUGACAACAUCCUUGUGGAGUUGGAUGCAGACGGCUGCCCCUGGCUGGUAAUCUCUGAUUUUGGUUGCUGCCUGGCUGAUGAACGCAUCGGCCUGCAGUUGCCGUUCACCAGCUGGGAUGUGGAUCGGGGCGGAAACGGCUGCCUGAUGGCUCCUGAGGCGUCCACGGCCUGCCCUGGCCCCAGAGUGGUGAUUGACUACAGCAAGGCUGAUGCCUGGGCAGUGGGAGCACUCGCCUAUGAAAUCUUCGGGCUCCCCAAUCCUUUUUACGGCGAGGGUGGAGUCUACCUUGAAAGCCGAAGCUACCAAGAGACUCAGCUGCCUACACUGCCCGAGUCGGUACCUCUAGCUGCGAGACAGCUGGUGAGAUCACUGCUGCAGCGGAAGGCCAGCAAGAGACCAUCUGCCCGAGUAGCUGCUAAUGUGCUUCAUUUAAGCCUCUGGGGUGAACAUACUCUAGCCCUGAAGAAUCUGAAACUAGACAAGAUGAUUGGCUGGCUCCUCCAACAAUCAGCAGCCACUCUGCUCGCCGACAGGCUUACAGAGAAGAGCUGUGUGGAAACAAAAAUGAAGAUGUUAUUUCUGGCCAACCUGGAAUACGAGGCGCUGUGCCAAGCAGCCCUCCUCCUCUACUCCUGGAGGGCAGCCCCGUGAAGGCUGUUGUAGCUGGUGAAUUACUAAAAGAACUUGGCAGCAUCUAUGUCGUGAUGGUCUGUGAAUGCUGAAGGGGGAGGGGGGUCUGAGGUGUGAGGGGAGAAUCAGGAGAAAAGAUGGCACAGAGAGGGCUGGUCAGUGGAAAAGAAGGCAUCUGGUUUGGCAAAUGGGAGGAGCAAGCUGAGUGAGGUUCACGGUCUGUAGCUAUUAACUCUAGCUGUGCGAUUGUGGUGCGUCUACGUACAUUUCUCUUACUUUUCCUCUAGAGGGCCCCAUAGGAGACACCCAGGCUGCUGCAGCUACUCAGCUCUGCUGUUGUGGCACAAAAGCAGUCUGAAACGUGGAAACAGGUGUGGCUGCAUGCCAAUAGUAAAGCUUUAUGGACACUGAAUUUCACGUGUCACUUAAAUAGUCUUGUUUUUUAUGUUUUUAAAUGGUUCUUAAAAUUAUUUUUUGCUUGCAGGUCAUACAAAAAUAGGCAGCAGGCUGGAUUGGCCCAUAGGCCAUAGUUUGCCAACCCCCUGGUCUAGAUAAAGUCAAAGGGCCUAACUCUAAAAAAAAAAAAAAGCACUAAUCACUUGGCCCCUAUGUGUAUGGAUGCUAAAAUUGUGGUAAGAUCUUAGCCUACAAAGGUGAGAAGAUACACUCAGGUGUUAACUGCUGACCACAAAGCCCUACCUUACGCUCAUGUUCUGUCUUCACAGACCUCUGAAGAGUAGAUGGCUGGGCUGUUAAAUGAGGCUGGGCUGGGGAGGGGUGGACCUGCAUGCCACUUUAUAGAGGAUCCAGGCCAAGGCAUCGCUGUCAGCUGCAUGCUACCUGAGCUAAGGCAGGCGUUUGCACAGGUCGGUAUAUUGAUACCAGAAUGAAAAACAUGCAGGCCUGGAAAACAAGAGAGCCUGUGCACUCCAGCUACUGCAUUGAGUCUAGCAGAGCUAAAAUGACCAAUGGAAUGGGAAUUAACAGCAUGGUGUUUUAAACUUGCCGGUUUCCUCCUGACUGGCAUUUCUUACAGGAAUUGUGAAGAAUUAAAUGCAUAUUUACAACUGCAGAA